CACACACAAGGUAGCUCUUCAGUAUCUUUCCGGCUCUCGUCCCACACGCAUCACAACCUCCACCACCUCCACUACCUCCACCACCUCCACCACAAUCACCAUCACCAGCACUUCACCAAAUCUUCCUACAGGAAGACGAGAUAUGAUGGAGUGAAGAAGGAAAAGCCAAGGAGAGGAAAAAGGAAAAGAGGAAAGGAAGAAAAGAAAGCAGAGAAAGGGAAAAGAAGAGAGAACAAGAAGGAUGAAUAACCGUCGACAGGAGAAGGUGACGUGGUGGCUGGGAUGGGUCGGGGACAUGCCCAGAGUAACCACCUUCCUCCUACAAAAACCUUGGCUCUCCGCUUGGGCCCUACCGAAGACUGUGAACGCUACGCUGAGGGCCAUUGGAAUAGUGGCCUUCGCAAACAGUCCCCUCUCCGGCCUGUUCAUCCUCUCUGCCAUGUUCGUGGGCAACCCCGCCGUAGCCUGGGCGAGCCUGCUGGCGGGGCUGGUGGGAGUCGUCUUCAGCAAGUUGUUGCACCAGCCCGAGCAGCUGAUCAGUGACGGAGCGGUGGUGUUUAACGGCGUGCUGGUGGGCUGCAUCUCCGUGGCCCUCUUCCCCUCCCUCUCCGGGCACCAGGUGGACGCCCUCUUCUGGCUGGCACUGACCGCCAUGCUGGUGAUCACGGCUUACAUCGACAAAGGUCUGAACGCCCUCAUGUCGCCCUCCACGCUCCCGGCACUCUCCGUCCCCUUCAACAUCGCCGCCGUGCUGAUGCUGCUGAGUAUGCGGAGCUCAGCGGGACUCACAGGUACCCUCGGCCCCGACAUGCAGCAGUACAGCGGCAGCAACGACAGUGGUGCCCUCCCCUCCCUCAGCGAGAACACAACUGAGAAGGUCGAAUGGUUGAAGGUAAUGGAGGGCAGCGUUUUAGCGGCGGGGCAGAUUUACGGAGUGGGCACAAUGGACGCCUCAAUCCUCAUCCUCCUUGGCUUCCUCGUCUUCUCGCCGCUGCUCACUCUCUUCUUCCUCAUCGGCAGCGUCAUCGGCUCAUUGCUGGGUGUGCUGAUGAGCCCCGCGCCCUACCUGGAGGUGUACGCGGGGCUGUGGGGCUACAACGCCUUGCUGACGGCCGGCGGGGUGGUGUACUUUCUGCAGGUGACGCCCGCCGCUGUGCUGGCCGCCGCCGUGGCCGCCACCCUCGCCGCCCUCGUUCAGGCCGCCUCAGGACACGUGUUCAGUGCGAUGAUGGUUCCCGUGCUGUCCUACCCCUUCAACGUGGCCCUCCUGCUGCUCCUGGCCAUCAGCACCACACCCGACCCGCCGCUCCUCUGGGUGCAACACAGGACCUUCCCGGAGCAACACCUUUAUCUGCACCUCAAGGCCCUCAGGAGGAAAGACCAGAACGUGGCAGCUCCAGAGAAUCGGAACCAGGAGGAACUGCAACAAAUCACCAGCAAGUAGGAAGGACGGGAAGAAAAAGAGAAGGAAGGAAGGAAAGAAAGAAGAAAGGAAGAAGAAAGAGAGAAAGGAAUGUUGAAAGGAAAGAGGAGGAGGAUCAAAUGUUACCUACAGAGAAUGAACACAGGAAGGAAAGGAGGAAGAGAAGAAGGAAGGAGAAAAUAAGGAAGGAAGGAAGGAAGAAAAGAAAUGAUGGAUGAAUAGAAGCAACGAAAGAAGAAAGAAAAGAAGGAUAGGAAGAAAAUAAGGAGGGGAGGAAAGAAGAAUGAGUGGGUAGCAACAAGGAAAGAAGCGAGGAAGGAAGGAGAUAGAAAGAAAGAGAGAAUGGAAAGGAGUGAAGGAUGGAUAUUCGGAAACAAGAAAGAGAGAACGGAAAGAAGGAAGAAUGAACGUAUACAAGGGAAGAAGGAAAGCAAAUAAUGGUGAAAGGAGAGAAGGAAGGAGAUACAAGUGAAGGAGGAGAAAGCAUACCUCACGAUAAUUAUUAGUAAAUGGAAGUAAGGUGAAGGAAGGAGGGAGGGAAAGACGAGUGAGUGAAAGACUGCAAGAAAGAAAAAAAGAUAAAGAAACAAAGAAAGAAAACAAUUAGAUAGGAAUAGAAAAAGCGAAAAAUUAUAAAAAUGAAAGAAAGGAAGGAGAGUGAAAAGGAAAUAAAGAAAAAAGGUAAAAAGUAUUGAAGUAAAAAAAAAGGAGAGAAUGAUAAAGAGUGAACGGGGAAAAAGGAAAGAAAAGAAGGUGAAAAAGGAAGGAAGGAGACAAUGGGUGAAGAAAAGAACGUGGAAAAGGAGAAAAAAAAGAAGAGGAAAGCGAGAGGAACGUAGCACUAUACAGAAAAAUAGACAAAACAAUCUUAAAAAAAUAUGCAACAAACUUACUUUUCCAAUAACCCAAAUUACCUUCCCAAACACCUGUCCUCAUAACUCACCUGUGUUUACCUGGGGUCACGUAAUCCCUCAUUCUUGUGCCGAAUAUUCUGUACAUUGUAAAAUAUAUAGUGUUUAGGACGACCCUCAAGAUUAUAUGGUAUGUUCGAAUGGCGUAGGAAUUUGAGCAUUGAAACCCAGUAGUAGUAGUAGUAGUAGUAGUAGUAGUAGUAGUAGUAGUAGUAGUAGAAGAAGAAGAAGAAGACGAAGAAGAAGUCGUCCGGAGCUCCUCACCCGCCCUGAAGGUGUUUGAGAGCGGAGUGAAUCGUAGUAGUAGUAGUAGUAGUAGUAGUAGAGGAAGAAGAAGACGAAGAAGAAGUCGUCCGGAGCUCCUCACCCGCCCUGAAGGUGUUUGAGAGCGGAGUGAAUCGUGGCAUCGGGCACACAAACUCUUGGACUGCUGCUCGGGGCUUUAGGCGCCGUAGGGAAAGAGUUGUCAGGCAAACAGAGAAACCCAACAGAAGCUGAACAAUUGUGAAGCAGACAGUCAAGUUGGACACACGUCCGUCCACCACUCAGACCAGCCUUCGCCGUGACCGGACUCCGCCGCUCCUCCUGGCAUCAUGUCCAUCACAGGGCAGCACCAUGCAGGGGAAUGGUUCCUGAUUGAGACAUUUUGUGAUAAAUAUUAUCGUCUUUCUGCAGCCUUUCCUAUUCAGCUGGCGUUCCUCUCCUAUAAGUAUCUAAGUUAUAAGUCUACAACUGAUGGUGGAUGAUGAUAAAUAUUUCCUCGGAACACACACAAUGCCAAUCCCUCAGACAGUGAACCUACACUAUUCAUUACACUACUGAGCUCACUAUAACCACUGUUCUCACAGAGCCGAUUCUCUGAACUGCUGCAUCAGUCUCCCAUUGUGGUGAAUUGUCUGCUUAUUGAACAAUGAGUUGAGCCACGUGAUCCAGAGGAGGCUUGGCAGUGACUGUUUGGCAGUGUUUGAACUGCUUGGUCUGUGCUGAACAGAAAAGGUUUGUAUUCAACUAGUUGCUUACUUUCUACUUUAAUGGCACUACUAACAAGUGAAAUGUUUUCAAAUUAAAUAGUCUUCGUCUGCA